UGGCGCGAUCGGUUGGUGUAAAUUCUGCGUCGGCCUAAACAAACAAAAUAUUACGAAUAAACCAGUUAUAUGGCUUCAUAAGGCUGUUCAUGGUGUAUUUUAAGUGUUUUCGUACAUAAUUAAGUGCCUUAGGCAGAGGAACAUAAAGCCGCGAAAUGUACGGGUUUGUCAACUAUGCGUUGGAGUUAUUGGUGAUGAAAGCUUAUGGGGUGGAAAUAUGGGAGAAAAUCAAGAAAAAGGCUGAGGUGGCGAUGGAAGGAUCAUUCCUUGUUCGGCAGAUAUAUGACGAUGAAAUCACAUACAACCUUAUAACAGCUGCCGUCGAAGUAUUGCAGACACCAGCGAAUGAAAUACUUGAGCUAUUCGGUAUGACAUUCUUCGAGUUCUGUCAAGAUUCUGGCUAUGACAAGAUUCUUCAAGUCCUUGGAGCUACACCUCGCGAUUUCUUACAGAAUCUAGACGGUCUUCAUGACCACUUGGGUACAUUAUACCCAGGAAUGCGCGCGCCGUCCUUUCGUUGUACGGAGCGGCCGGAAGAUGGGGCUUUGGUCCUUCAUUACUAUUCCGACAGGCCAGGACUCGAGCACAUCGUGAUUGGUAUUGUUAAGACAGUUACAAGCAAGCUGCAUAACACAGAAGUGCAGGUAGAAAUCCUGAAGACAAAAGAGGAGUGCGACCAUGUCCAGUACCUCAUUACUGAGACAUCUACUGGAAGGGGAACCGCGCCAGAGAUGACAGAGAUACGGACUUUGUCUAAAGAGCCGAAGGUCAGUCCAGCGACAUUUUGCCGCGUAUUUCCAUUCCAUCUGAUGUUUGAUCGGGAGCUGAACAUAGUCCAAGCGGGUCGCUCCGUCACUCGACUCUUGCCGAGACUUAACAAGCCCGGUUGCAAGAUCACCGAUGUUUUGGAGACGGUACGACCUCACCUUGAGAUGACAUUCGCUAAUGUGUUGGCUCACAUUAACACGGUGUAUGUUCUGAAGACGAAGCCGGAGGAAAUGAGUGUCAGUGAUCAUCAUGAGGACAUCGCUUCUUUGCGAUUGAAGGGCCAAAUGUUAUACAUCCCUGAAACCGACGUGGUUGUCUUCCAAUGCUACCCCAGUGUCACCAAUCUUGAUGAUCUGACACGUCGCGGCCUCUGCAUCUCCGACAUCCCUCUCCACGACGCCACAAGAGACUUGGUGCUGAUGUCCGAGCAGUUCGAGGCUGACUACAAGCUCACUCAGAAUUUGGAGGUUCUCACCGACAAACUUCAGCACACAUAUAGGGAACUGGAGGCUGAGAAGCAGAAGACUGAUAGACUCCUAUACUCGGUAUUACCCAUGAGCGUAGCGACGGAACUACGUCACCGGCGUCCCGUACCAGCGCGGAGAUACGACCCCGUAACCCUUCUGUUCAGCGGUAUCGUCGGAUUCGCCAACUACUGCGCCAGGAACAUUGACCACAAGGGUGCCAUGAAGAUUGUCAAAAUGCUCAACGAUCUCUACACGGCCUUCGACGUGCUCACCGAUCCGAAGAGGAAUCCCGACGUUUAUAAGGUGGAAACAGUAGGUGACAAGUACAUGGCGGUAUCUGGUCUGCCAGAGUACAAAGAAGGCCAUGCUAAGCACAUCUGCCUCCUCGCUCUGGAGAUGAUGGACUUAUCCAAAACCGUCACUGUUGAUGGAGAACCUGUGGGAAUAACAAUCGGGAUCCACUCCGGCGAAGUGGUGACGGGAGUGAUCGGCCAUCGUAUGCCGCGGUACUGCCUCUUCGGGAACACUGUCAACCUGACAAGCAGAUGCGAGACCACCGGCGUACCGGGGACUAUUAAUGUCAGCGAGGAUACGCACAGUUACCUUAUGCGUGAAGACAACUAUGACGAACAAUUCGAUCUGACAUACCGCGGUCAUGUCUCCAUGAAAGGAAAAGCAGUGCCGAUGCAGACCUGGUUCUUGACACGAAAGACAAAAUAGGCCUAAACUGUUUAUGGCUUUAGAUCUCAUUAGUAUUGUAUUCAAUGUUUAGUAUGGCCUACUAUGGCCUACAAAUUUAUAUAGAGUAUUUACCUAUCAAAAUCUAUAUUCUCUCGGCUUUAAACCAAAGAAAAAAUAUAAUUCAAUUAAUCAUAGAAAUGGUUUGAAAGGACUUUAAGUCCAAGUUUAUACAAUGCAUUUCACAUAUUAUUGAUUGUUCAAUUACAAGAUUUUGCAGCACGCUUGCGGUUCAAAUUGCAUAUGCAUUGCAGGUAAGGAUGAUAUUUAAUGUUUGCGUCAUUAUCGAAAUAUGAAAAUAUAAUAUAAAAUUCAGAAAGAACUCACCAUAUACUUGCUAGUAAUUUUGAUAAGUUUUAUACUGACGCUCAGGACUUAGGUUUUAAACCAACCAGAGUUUUCGGCAUACAAAAUCAAUAGAAAAUAUUAAGUGUAUUAAUAUUUCCUAAUUUUUAAUUCAAGAUCGCAAUUACGAUGGUUCAUCUGGUUCCAGACCUUUCUAUUGUAUUCUAUGUAUAAGAUUACAAACGAUUUUUUGUGAAUAUUUACAUAUUUCGUAUGAAAUGGAUCCAAAUCCUUAAUUUACUAAGGCAUUAAGUAAAUUUAUGUGUAAUAUCUUAUUCAUAAAUAUUGAAAUUUUGUAUUAAAGACGGGACUUAUAACUUCGCUCUUGAUUCUCAUAAAACUUCCCGAAUUACGUUCCUGAUAUGCCUAAAAUAAUUAAAUUUAUACCUAUGAUGUAACCCAAAUAGAUGUGAAAAUCAAAAAACGCUUUCUCCUUAGUGCUUGGUAAGGCUUAACCGAACAUUUUAAAGACAAUUAGAUUUUUGCUUAAAAUUUAUGGUGUCAAAGAAAAUGUCUUUUGGACAAAAACAUGACUUAACUCGAGUAAAUAUAACCUUAAACAAUGAGUCUCCAUCGCCUUCGGUCUUGAGACUCGUAUUUCAUGUCGCACCUAGUCUUUCCAGCUCUCUUUGCCUCAUCUGUAGGACCCCAGGUUCGCUUGGGACGGCCACGAUUCCGCUUUCCUUGCCCAUCAAGCGCCUGCUUGGGGUUAUAAUUGGAAUCUCUUCGGAUUGUAUGGCCUAUCCAUUUCCACUGGCGUCACUUGAUCUGCUGACUAAUCGGUUGCUCGUGAGUGAUCUCGAUCCAGAAGAUACUCAGAAUACCGCGAAGACAGUUGUUGACGUAGACUUGGAGUUGAAUUUUCUUUUACUAAAAUUACUAAUGCGGUUUUAGUACUCACGUUCGCCUAAUAUUACGAUAGUUAGAUGUUAUUUAUUUAUGUGUUAAUUGAUUAAGUUUAUGUCGAUUGUAUACUUACAUCUAGUCAAUAUAUAAAUCUUAUUGAUGUUGUAUUUAUCGUUGUCAAGAUUUUAAAUGUCUAAAUAAAAUUAUAUGGAAUGUAA